AUGGACUCACCUCGCUACCUCUUCGUUAACAAUACCCCAUUAUCACAAGGCUCUGCCACUAAUGAAACCAAAGACAGAAAGCUCAUCAAUCGUCAUACACAACUGCACGGACUUGCUUCCAGGAAUUUUGGCAAGCCCAACCAGGGUGGCAAGAAGCUUUCUUCGGUGGAUCCAAAUUUGCGUACAGGGCCUUCACGCCGGCGGAAAUCUCAAGAUGUGAAGCGGGAAUUCCAAGCAGCAGACCUUCAUAACCCUGGACUUCAAACAGAGGGUGGGUCAGGGGUUAUUUCUCCCAAACUUUCUGACAAACAGCGCCCUCAAGCACAGCAAGAAGCACAUACGCUUUUGGAACGAAUUUUGUUCACCGUCAAGGUGAUGUCCAACGAGCAGAAAUCUCAGAACCUGGAUCCAAGCCCAUUUCAAGGUCUUUUACUUUCUCUUGACGCCCAUAUUUGCCAGUAUCUGCGGAAAUAUCCAUUCUCGACAUUCGAAAAGACUUUGAUGCCAGGAGGGACUUCCGAGUCUCAUAGCGAGCGCUUAUUCCUAGGAACAGUUGUCUCAGUGCUAGAAGGAUCCUUAGACGACGACUUACUGGCGUAUGCGCUUUUAGCAAAUAUGUCCACCAUUCUUUCCGAACACUGUGAGAAAAACAAGAGUAUCAGUCAAUUCAACAGCAAUUACUACGGUUACCAAGCCACGGCAGCGCUCAGGAGACGACUUUCAAGCGAAGCUCCACCCGAUACGACACUAGUUCUCAGUCUUUGGCACAUGAUCAGCGCAGAAAUGAAUCAGGGAAAUUUCGAAGCAGCGACUAUCCAUCUCAAAGGAGCAGUAGCAAUUUGUGACCUCUUAUGUAUCAACGACCCGAAUUAUGUGGCUCCCUUUCAAAUAUGCGAUUGUCUUCUCGCUACAGGCAUUUUUGAGCAGCACCCCGAGGUGUCAUACUUUACUGUAAGGCCAGAUUCCGCUUACUGUACUGACAAUUAUUUCCACAGCCUCAGCCUCAUCCACAGUACUCCAAGCAGAUCUGUUCCGUCGAAAUUCACAUCUGGAAAACACACAAACCUCCUGUGCCCUGAUUUGCGGAAGGUUGUGGAAGACUUGGUCAAUUACAAUGCCUCUGCAGCUGAGCGCAACCACUCAAAGGAAGAUUGGAAGAAUUCCAUUAAAGAUGGACACUGGUCGCACCUGAGCUGGCGGUUCCUUACAUCCCGAGAAUCCAAGCACGUGUCUUUCGCGCUGGCUCGCGCGCUGGGCAUGUGGAUCUACCUCAUGCUCUACACUCUCUCCGACAUCAAGAUCGCACAACCGGUAUCGUUCAGCCUCCAAAAGCUUCUUUCCACUACGAGUAUGGAAGAAUGGUCGGACCACGAGGACGUGUUGAUAUGGAUCUUGACCGUUGGUGCGAUGGUCCCAAUGGGAACACGAGCGGAGCAAAUGUGGUACGCGCGGAAACUGGUGACUCUACUAGAUGAUUCGGACUCCGUGAAAGAGCAUGACUUUACAAAGAAAAGAGAUAUCGUUGAGUUUUCGAAAAAUUAUCUCUGGAUUGAUGACCUUCAGAGGUCAAUGUUGGAGCCACUUGUGGCAAUGAUCAAGUCUAUCCGGCUGGAGAAAAAUCUUCUCAAACCUUAUCGAGAAGCAAGGUUCUUCUCUUCGUAUACGGGUGAAGCUUCUGGCAAGGGGAAGUGGCAUAGAUUAUCAAAUGGUUCUUAG